GAAGGCGGGACUUCCGGGAGUGCAGGUUGGACCAUAAAGUGAAAGACUUCGCCUCCUUAAAAUAGGAAGAAAACCCAGAGGACGACGCGUCACAAGUUAUAAAACAAGUGUAAUGAUUUUCAGACAUGGACGACAUAAACCUUCAUUAUCGCUUCAUGAACUGGAGGAGACGAAUUCGAGAAAUCCGUGAGGUCCGAGCCGUGCGGUACCGGGAGCGGCUCAAGAGGAUGCUGAGAGAUGGCGACGUCCUCAGGUAUCAUGGGAACUCCGAUGAAGUUGGCUGUUUUGUAGCUGCAAGACCGUUAUCUAAAAGGAUCCGCUAUUUUGAAGUGACUAUCGUUGAUACGGGAGUGAGGGGGAUGAUUGCUGUCGGUUUGGUGCCUCAGUUCUACAAACUGGACCAUCAGCCCGGCUGGCUUCCCAAUUCUGUGGCUUUCCAUGCAGAUGAUGGCAAGCUCUACAACGGCAGCACAGUCGGGCAGCAGUUUGGUGCCAAAUGCUGCAGAGGUGACAGAAUCGGUUGUGGAAUAUCAUUGGACUCCGACGACGGACAGAUAACUGUGUUUUUUACCAAAAAUGGAGAUGAAAUCGGCAGUGUUGAUAUCCCAGCAUCUCCUGAAGCUCUUUACCCUGCAGUAGGGAUGCACUCGUUGGGGGAAGAAGUGCUCCUGGACCUGAACGCUGAUUGGGGAAUGGAGGACGAUGAUGCACAGAUGAUAGUUGACAGUCACGAAGAGGACUGGGCCCGUCUCUAUGACGUCAAGGUGACGGGCACGCUGCUGGAGUAUGUAGGGAAAGGGAAGAGCAUCGUAGACGUGGCCUUGGCUCAGGCUCGCCGACCUCUAAACACACGCUUCCACUAUUAUGAGCUGGAGAUCACAGAUGCUGGAGAGAAGUGUUUCAUCGCCCUGGGGCUGGCACGCAGGGACUAUCCAAAAAACAGACAUCCAGGUUGGAGCAGAGGAUCCAUAGCUUAUCAUGCAGACGAUGGAAAGUUGUUCCAUGGAAGUGGGGUCGGGGACCCUUUUGGGCCUCGGUGUUUUGCGGGGGACGUCAUGGGCUGUGGGAUCAUGUUUCCACGUGACUUCAACCUUGAUGAUGACGGAGACGACUGGGAGCUGGACGUGGUUCCUAAGCCCAGCGAGGUUCAGAAUGACUUGUAUGCAAACAAUGACGAUGAGGAGGAGGAAGAGGAGGAGGGAGAAGAUUUAGAGGGGAGGAAGGUCAUGGUGUUUUUCACUCGGAACGGAAAGGUGGUGGGAAGGAAAGAAGUGGCCUUACCAGCAGCAGGUUUCUAUCCCACUAUUGGUAUGAUGAGCACUGGGGAGAAGGUGAGGGUGGACCUGCAACCCCUCAGCGGCUGAUUUGGUCAAACCAGAAUAGGAUAAACGAUGACGCUUGAGAAACGGGACAAUAAAUGAUCCCCUCACAUGAAAAAACCCCCAAAACAUCACUUUAACACGAAGCUGGAGGACGUCUCCUUUAUUGUAUAAAAAUCACUGAACAUGCUGGCAAAACGUGUUUCAAAGACUGAUCAAAAUGUUCUGUGUGCCAAAAAUGUGCUUUGUUCUAAAUUGAUUUUAUUUACUGUAAAAACAUAAGGUUUUUAAACGUUAAAUAUUAUUGUGGUAUAAAUCAUAGCAGGAAGUUUAUUAAAAUGCCAAAAAAAAAGGUCUCACCUGAGUAAUGAAUGUAAGAGUUCAGAUAGAGCAGACGUCGGGUUAUAAAUGGAUCCUGUUCAGGGUGCGCAGUAGUAAAAAUCAGCUGAUG